CUCUCUCUCUCUCUCUCUCCAGCCAUUCUACGCUAGCCAGCGCAUGGCGUGCAACACUCCUAUCCUGCACCAUCACCUCCACCACCAUCUCUACUUCCAUCCCUUAUCGUCUUCUGCUGCUUCUCAGUCUAUCUCUCUAAGCUCCGGCAAUGCUCAUCCCACUACAAUCUGUCUCAGAAGAGACCUUACCUCUUUCUCCUUCUUUUCUUCAAGCUCUUCUUCUUAUCCUUCGUAUUAUUCUGCGAGGCGCGUUUCUACAGCUCCAGUUGAAUCGGCCUCUGUUCCAGAAGACUUCGAUUUCCAGAAGGAAAUUGCACGUCUUCAAGACCUUCGGUCCAGGCUUUCGCGUGCUAAGAACUUGAGAGAGAAGCUCGGGGUGAUUGACUCUGAUUCCAGGGUGAAGGAUUUCUUUGGCACUAGGGUUUUGGCUUCUUUCAAUGGGCUUGACCUCUCUGAGCUGUUUCUGCUCAAGUGUUUAGUUGCCGCUGGCCAAGAACACAUUUUCGGUUCUGAGUUUGAUUCCGUAGAGAAUGAAUUCGAGUCGGUGAAGGGCUCCUUGAAGUCUACGCUGUAUGUUUUGGCGGAUAUGAUUGAGAAUUGGGAUGUUAAGAAUGAUGGUGUUGAAGAAACAAAAUGUAGGAGUGUUGAAAGAUUUCCUGCACCGUUGAAGAAGCUUCUGCGGACCUUGCAAGAAAUUGAACAGUUUUACGACUGCAUUGGAGGAAUUGUCGGAUAUCAGAUAACGGUAUUGGAGCUCCUAUCCUCUUCAUCAUCGGAAAUGCAGUCCAUGAGCUUGUCUCAGCACCUAAAUGAGGGAGGGAAAUACCAGUUCCAAGAAAUUCAUGUUCCUAGAGGACUGGAUCUUUCUCGGGAUACUGAAUAUGCAUCUCAAGCUGCUCUAUGGGGGAUUGAGGGUUUGCCAGAACUGGGUGAAAUUUAUCCUUUGGGAGGUUCUGGGGAUAGACUUGGUUUGGUUGACCCUCAUACAGGUGAAUGUCUUCCUGCCGCCAUGCUUCCAUACUGUGGACGGACCUUAUUGGAAGGUCUCAUAAGAGAUCUUCAGGCUAGGGAGUUUCUUUACUUCAAAAUCUAUGGAAAACAAUGUAUCACCCCUGUUGCAAUAAUGACAAGUUCAGCGAAGAACAAUCAUGAGCUCGUUACUUCUUUAUGUGAAAGACUAAUGUGGUUUGGAAGAGGUCGAAUAAGUUUUCAAUUUUUUGAACAGCCACUUGUUCCAGCUGUGAGUGCAGAAGAUGGCCAAUGGUUAGUUAGCGAACCUUUCAGUCCAGUAUGCAAACCUGGGGGCCAUGGUGUAAUAUGGAAACUUGCAUAUGACAAAGGAAUUUUCCAGUGGUUUGUUGAUCAUGGAAGAAGGGGUGCAACCGUCCGCCAAGUCAGUAAUGUUGUAGCUGCUACAGAUUUGACUCUUUUAUCAUUAGCAGGGAUAGGUCUCCACAAUAAAAAGAAACUUGGUUUUGCAUCAUGUAGCAGGAGGUUGGGAGCUACAGAAGGCAUUAAUGUUCUCAUUGAAAAAAAGAAUCUUGAUGGGAAGUGGGCAUAUGGUUUAUCAUGCAUUGAAUACACUGAGUUUGAUAAAUAUGGGAUAACAGAUGGACCAAUUUCUCCUGACAGCUUGCAGGAAGAGUUCCCUGCCAAUACAAACAUUCUAUAUGUUGAUUUACCUUCUGCAGAGAAAGUUGGAUCAUCCAAAAAUACAACCUGUUUGCCAGGCAUGGUGCUUAAUCUUAAGAAGUCUAUUAUAUAUGUGGACCAUCUUGGCAUCGAACAUAGUGUAUCUGGUGGCAGGUUAGAGUGCACAAUGCAAAAUAUAGCAGAUAACUUUCUGAACACAUUUUCCUCACGUUGUUACGCCGGUGUAGAAGAUUCACUAGACACCUUUAUUGUUUAUAAUGAAAGAAAGAGGGUCACUUCAUCUGCCAAGAAGAAAAGAAGACACUCUGACAAAUCUUUGCACCAGACCCCAGAUGGUUCACUGUUGGAUAUUAUACGGAAUGCCUCUGAUCUUCUUUCUGGCUGUAACAUUAAAGUUCCUAAGAUAGAAGGCAAUGACAAGUAUUUCGAUUCUGGGCCACCAUUUCUCAUUCUUCUACAUCCUGCUUUGGGCCCACUUUGGGAGGUCACCAGACAGAAGUUCUAUGGAGGUUCCAUUUCCAUGGGCUCUGAAUUACAAAUUGAGGUUACAGAGUUCUUAUGGAGGGAUGUACAGCUUGAUGGAAGCCUAAUUAUUGUAGCUGAAAACAUUAUGGGGGCAACUAAGAUAGAUGAAAAUGGUGAACCGAUACUUCAGUACGGACACAGAUGCGGAAGAUGUAAGCUUCAAAAUGUAAAAGUAUCAAAUAGGGGGAUUGACUGGAAUUAUAGCAAGAAUAUUUAUUGGAAGCAUGAAGUUCGGCGAUUGGAGGCAUUAAAGGUCAUACUGCAUGGAAAUGCAGAAUUUGAAGCUACAGAUGUUGUUCUACAGGGAAAUCAUGUUUUUGAAGUUCCAAAUGGCUACAAACUGCAGAUUACAGCAGGAAAUCCAGGUUUCUCAGUUAAGUUAGACCCUAUUGAAAAGAAUAUGAUGGAUAGUGGAAGUUGGUUCUGGAAGUAUAAGUUAAAUGGGACACACAUUCAAUUGGAGAUGGUAGACUUGUAGAAGACUAACCGGGCCCUUAGCCCUACCUUUUGUUGAUUGCAUUGCACAUAUCAACUGAAAGCUCACCUUCACAUUGGAAGCCCUUGUCAUCUGAUCGAUUGAACAGAAGUUCAACAUCUUGCAGAGUCUAUUAUAUGUAUGUAACACAAUGGUUUUCAAAAUCUUUGGAGCCUUUGAGGAUGCAAAAUGCGUUGCUCUUGUAAUUAGAUUGAAUGAAAGCUUUGUAUAUUGGAGGUCCCACUUGUUGUUCAUGUAACAAAAUGGUGAGAUAAAGCCUUGUAGACUAUGAGAGUUCAUGCAUUGGCCAUGUAAUAAAAGGUUGAGUUAAAGGCUUAAAUCCUUGUCAAU